AUGUACGGCGAUCUCAUCGGCAUUCGCCCCGUGGACCCGGAUAUUUUCCACUUGUUUAGCAACUCCAACACCAACCCAUCGCCGGACGUCUACAACACGAAAUUCACCGAGUGCGUCUUCCACAACUUUGCGCUGACUUUGGACUUCAGUAAGAAGUGGAUAAGCGCCUGCGUGUGCCGUUUGAUGACUUCUGUUGACAUUUGCCAUCGCAGCUUGACCCAGGUGUCCUACUCCCAAGGAAGUGCUCCUCUCGUCGCUCAAGGCCAGCUCAAUGAGAAGGACAUCUCGGGACAGGGAUCGUUCCACUUCAGCGUCUUGAAGAAGUCGAUUAACGGCACCGGUGACCUGACCAAGUCCGGCUUCCACGAGUCUGGAAUCAACGAAGGCGUUAUCUUUGUUUCAAUCUUCGAGGAGGACAGUAUCGAUGGCUGUAUGACGUUGUCUCUUUGA